AUCAAUCGCUUUUGUUUAAUUAAGGCGUUGGGUGAAACAUAAUGUUCACGUAUGACAAAUUAAGCUGGCAGUUGAGCUCCAAACCAAAAAAACUCACCCACCUGUAUUCCAUUAGAAGCCGAAUUCAUUCGCUGAUUAAAUUAUCUAUAGACUGCAGUCUGUAGAGAAUCGGAGACAAGAGGGAUACAAUGAGAAAAAGUGAGAAGACGGCGGAGAUUGCGGAGAGCAAAGAAUGGUACCUAGCAGGGUAUGCAGCCCAAGGCGUUCCAACCUCCGAGCAUCUGAAGCUCCGCAUUGUCCCGCUAUCCCUUACCCUUGAUUCCAUACCGGACGCCCAUGUUGCCAUUGAACUCCUCUUCGUCUCUAUUGAUCCUUAUCUUCGUACCCGAAUGAGCGGCCACGACGAUGGCUUAUAUUUUCCGCAGUUCAGCCUUAACCAGGUGAUAACUACUUUUGGAAUUGGAAGAGUAAUCAGAUCCAAGGAUAAUAAGUACGAUGAGGGUGAUAUUGUGCUGAAUGCUUUCUUCCCUGUAGCCGAAUACUGUGUGGUGCCUUCUGAUGUCCUGAUAAGGAAGAUUGAUCCGGCUGCUGGGAUUCCCUUGCCAGAAUAUCUCAGUUGUUUUGGGGUUCCUGGGUUUGCUGCAUGGGUGGGGAUACAAGGGCUGGGAGACCCAAAGCCAGGCUCAAACGUCUUCAUAUCAGCGGCAGCAGGUGGUGUAGGAAUGUUUGCGGGACAAUUGGCUAAGCUCGAGGGUUGUAGAGUCAUUGGAAGCACAGGAUCUGGUGCCAAGGUACUCCAGUUCUCAACAUACUAG